AUGGCCAACGACAGAGUCUUCGAAGGAUGGUGUGGUCUUGACAAGGAUGCGGAUCAAGGAAAGAUGGUCUGGCAAGGUUAUGACCCAAAGCCUUUCGAGGACACUGACGUCGACAUCGAGAUCUCCCACUGCGGUAUGUAUUGCCUUUCCUAUCCCGUGCAAGGCAAAUAUGCUAACGAUUACAGGUGUCUGUGGCUCUGACCUUCACGUUCUACGAUCUGGUUGGGGCCCGACCGACUACCCCGUGGUGGUUGGUCAUGAGAUCGUGGGCAAAGCUGUUCGAGUCGGAAAGGGUGUGAAGAGUGGGAUCAAGGAGGGCGAUCGGGUUGGUGUCGGAGCUCAGGCCGGAGCCUGCUUGAAGCCGGACUGCGACCAAUGCAUGCAUGACGACGAGCAAUACUGCAAGAACAACUUCGUCAUGACCUACUUCGGCAAAUGGCCUGACGGCUCCAAGGCACAAGGUGGUUAUGCCAAGUACUGGCGUGGCUCUGGCCAUUUCGUCUUCAAGAUUCCGGAUGCGAUCCCGUCGGAAGAAGCCGCUCCCAUGCUUUGCGGAGGUGUCACCGUGUACGCUCCGUUGAAGCAGAACGGCGUUGGACCGGGCAAGAGGGUCGGUGUCAUUGGCAUUGGUGGACUUGGUCACAUGGCGUUGAUGUUCGCCAAGGCUCUCGGAGCGGACAAGGUCGUUGCCAUCUCCCGUAACGACAAGAAGAGGGAGGACGCGAUCAAGAUGGGCGCCGAUGACAUGAUCACCACCGAAAGCGAAGGUUGGGAGACCAAGGCCGCCAACACGCUCGAUGUCAUCAUUUGCACGGUCUCUUCGCCCAAGAUGCCGCUGUCUGGCUACCUCAACCUGCUGGACGUCGGUGGCACCUUUGUGCAGGUCGGUGCACCCGACGACACCCUCCCACCCUUCCUCGCCUUCUCCUUGAUCAUGAAGAAGUGCAAGAUCGUGGGCAGCUUGAUCGGUAGCCCGAAGGAGAUUCGCGAGAUGUUCGAGCUGGCAGCCAAGUCCAAGCUGAAGCCAUGGAUUGAGAAGAGGCCAAUGUCUGAGGCAAACAAGACCAUUGUGGACUUUGAGGCAGGGCUGCCACGGUACAGAUAUGUGUUGGAGAACUAG